AUGGCCUCCAAUAAAACUACAUUGCAAAAAAUGGGAAAGAAACAGAAUGGAAAGAGUAAAAAGGUCGAAGAGGCAGAGCCUGAAGAAUUUGUGGUGGAGAAAGUAUUGGAUCGACGUGUAGUGAAUGGGAAGGUGGAGUAUUUCCUGAAGUGGAAGGGAUUUACAGAUGCUGACAAUACUUGGGAACCUGAAGAAAAUUUAGAUUGUCCAGAGUUAAUUGAAGCAUUUCUUAAUUCUCAAAAAGCUGGUAAAGAAAAAGAUGGUACAAAAAGAAAAUCUUUAUCUGACAGUGAAUCUGAUGAUAGCAAAUCAAAGAAGAAGAGAGAUGCUGCUGACAAACCAAGAGGCUUUGCCAGAGGUCUUGAUCCUGAACGAAUAAUUGGUGCCACAGACAGCAGUGGAGAAUUGAUGUUUCUCAUGAAAUGGAAAGAUUCAGAUGAGGCUGACUUGGUGCUGGCAAAAGAGGCAAAUAUGAAAUGUCCUCAGAUUGUGAUUGCUUUUUAUGAAAAGAGAUUAACUUGGCAUUCUUGUCCAGAAGAUGAAGCUCAGUAA